AUGUCUAAGCUUUCUCUAGAAAGUCUUAGUGGAGCAUUUCCUGCUCCAACAGGAUAUGCAUCGUCUUCGUCCAAUCCGGCUGGUUACGACCAAAUCGACCACUCUCAUAUGUUGGUCGACGACCUUAGCGAUCUGUGUCUAAACAAAAGGUUUUCGGAUGUUGACUUAGUUAUUAAAGUUAUUGUGGAAUUAUUAAUUCUCUCGUGUGAAUUUUUUUUUACAAACUUACAAUAUUCACUGACCGAGUAUUUGCGGAGGAACAUCAAUGUAGACAACGCAAGUUCGUUGUUUGUUGUAGCACAUUCCUACCAAAUCAAAGACCUCGAAAACGAAUCACUUAAUUUUAUCGACAUCCACGUUUUGGACGUAUUGCAAUCAGACGAUUCUCGCUCUUUGACUCCCGAAGCAUUUCAACUAAUUCUUAAUUGUGACACGGCUUAUGCUAACGAAUUGGAUAAAUUCCGUGCAGUUUGUCGCUGGAUCAAAAAGAACCGAAACAAACUAGUUCCUGAUGCUAAAACCAAAAUUUUAUCUGCUGUCAGAUAUCAGCUUAUGAACGAUGAAGAACUGGCUGAAGUUAGGCAAUCAGAUAUGGUUCGUUCGAAUAGAAAUAUUUUGGACGUCAUAAAUUUGAGAAUAGAGUCCCUCCCACAAGAAUUUGACGAUCGAGGACGAUUAGAACCCAAUGUAAAUUUCGCUGAAGAUACACCCAAUGAGAUUUCUCAAAUUGAUGGCGGUACCAUGAUCAUGUUGGAUCUUCCAUCCAACAUAAACUAUAUUGAAAUGGAAUUAAACGACGAACAAGCAAUGCAUUACACUUAUUACAUUGAAGUAUCAACGGAUAAACGUCAAUGGUUGCGUGUAAUAGAUCAUUCGAAUUAUCAUUGUCAGUAUACUCAACGUUUGUGGAUUAACCGAAUAUUUUGCUAA